GCUGCUUGUGACCCAGAUUAAAUGGCUAACUACGGUUAGCUCCGACAACUUUAAUUACAACCUGUCGAAUUGCAGCAGACGCUCUACUGUUUACUGUUUGGCCGACCCACGCAUUUUAUAGUGGAGGAAACGUCAGGUAAAGUUGGCAUUUUUGGAGCCAAACUCCACGCCACAUGAGAACGGUGGACAGAAGUAAGGAGACGUUAGCAUUGAAGUCCCAGUGAGAACUCGGAGAGCUAUGAGGAGUCACGUUAGCAACGGUGGCAGGUACCGUGGCAACUGCAGACGCUCGUUUCAUUCAACGCAAUAGCCAUCCGCCAAGUCACCUUUUUCACAAGGUAAUGUCAAUAAUGUAGUCGUUUUAGCCUUUUUGUCGCUUUUCAUGGUAUGUUGGUUGAUACGUGUGUGAAACUAUGAACUGUAGCAUGAGAGCUUCUGCAACUAACCGAAUAUUCUCAUCGAAAAGGGACCAACACCUUACAAUGAGACUGAAAACAUCGCUGCUGCAGGAACCUAAACAUAUCCUUUUCCACGUGUAUUUUUGCACAUCUCCUUGCUUUAACAUUCAGCUCACUCAACGAUACAUAUUACCUCACAUUAUUAUUAUUUCAAGUGUGAACAUCAGCUAAGGUUUUGAGCUAUAGGACUUAAGUGACCACUCAUAACUUACUGUUACUGUUACAUGUAGAAGCUACAAUAGUAUUUAACUCAAAGUAGAUGAUUUCUCUCACUGAUUUCAUUCCUUAACAGCUAAUCACAUAAGGAACUUGUUAGCUGUGUUGGCUGGACUACAGCAGAUGAGCUAUACUCAUGCAGUGAAGAUCAUCAGAUCCUCAAGUGGAACCUUCUGACCAGUGAGACCAGUCUCGUUGUCAAAUUACCAGAUGACAUCUACCCCGUUGACCUACACUGGUUCCCCAAAACUGUCGGUGUCAAGAAACAGAACCAGACUGAAAUCUUUGUACUUACCAGCACUGAUGGCAAGUCUCCUUAUUUUCUACAGUCUGUCCAACAAGCUCUUAUUCCUGAGAGGAUCAUCCCAGUUAUUUUUCACACAUUUCUCAUUCAUCGAAAAGCUGCACAGGAAAGAUGAGUGAUUCUUUCAGCCAAACUUAUACAGAGAAAAUUAGAGUAGAAAUGACUUUUUUUUUUUAACUGGACCAACCAAGCAGAAUAACUUCCCUUUUCCCCUCACCUUGUUUAAAAAAAAAUCUAAGUAGUAUGACAGUAUCUUACUUGAUUAGUAGAGGACCAAGUCAGCAACACACAAAUACUCUUGAAUAGCCGAGCCUGUUUGAAAUUUAUCUGAAAAACUAACAUGAUCAAAAUUGAGUUUUUUUAAUAUAUUACAAGGUGUACCUGUCUAUUGUAUUUCAUUAAACCCCGACACAUAACUAAGGUAGAUUUGUAAAAAAUCUGUUGCACCAAACUUCUUUCUUAUGUACAUUUAUUUUGCCCCUUACAAUAUAGGCCUCUUAUUCAGGCCUAUAUUAGAUAUAAACACACAGUAUAUGAAUGUACUGUUAUGGCAGGCAAUGUGUGGUCACAACACUAAUGGCAGUGUAGGGUUGCAUAAACACACCCACAAACUGAAGCAGCAGUUUUCUUUGGCAGACCAGAGAGAAGUGAAAACUCUGUUACGAUUCACUUUUGCAGCCCUCUUCUGCGUCUUGCCCUAUAAAGAUAAAAAAGAUUACUACUAUUGCAACUGUUGGACUUUGGCUUUAAAAGAAAUUUUAUAUUUUUAAAAUUGUAGAAAAAAGGGCACACCUCUUUUAUUAUUUCAAACAGUGGUCUGCAUUGAGGAUUUUUUUCCACUAAAAGUUGUGAUCUUUGGAUUUUGUAGAGACCACACUGUUAGGCAUCUGUGGGAUAUAGUAGAACAUGGGACAGUCAAACAGCCAGGCCUUUAUUGGGCGUGAGUUCUCUUUACUAAUAUUGGGAAGUCUCCUAAAUGUGUUUCAUUAGUCAGCUUCCCCUUCUCAUUAUCAGCUUACUGGAUUUGUUUCUGUAUUGCAUAUGGAAUCUAAAUUUUCCCGAGUUUCAAUGUGUGAAGACUUGUUUUGCAACAUCUAUGAAUGCAGUUUUUCCUAUUUCUUCUUAAAUUUCAUUACUCUGAGAUGCCUGAUAUUUGCAAGAAUAAUGAAACAUUCUGAUGCAUACUUUUCCCCUCCACUUGACCAGCUUUUGUGUGGACUGAGAGUCUCUCCUUGUGCCAUAAAAGACCAUAAUUUAUCAUAAAGGGCAUUAAAGGACUUAAUGUUUUGAUCAGCAGCUAAACAGUUUCACUUACUUUUAAUUUUUAGGGACUAUGACCAAGUAUAUUAACACAGGCUUAUUAAACCAUGUAUCAUAGCACGCAAUUAUUAUGUUGUUGUUAUAAAAUUGAAACCACAUUGUUUGUCUCGUUUUUCUACAUUCAAUGGAACAACAAUUUGAAAUUUGGAAAAAAAAAAAGGUCUUUUCAAACUUUUGGUUCAGCUACACGAGUGUUACUACCUGCUGGAUCAGUAACAUCCACUUUGUAGGGAUGUCCAUAUUUAGAAAUGGGAGAGAGCAGCAGCAUGCUGAUUUGCAGUUUCAGGCCAACAGAAAUUACAUAGAACAGUCAGUAUUUUUUAAUACACAUUGCCACAAAGUAUAUGUUAGGCUUAUGUCUUCAAUGACUGUCUCCAUGCCUGAUCACCCUCGUGUCUAGAAAAUAGAAAAUUGCUCUAAUUCACAUCCAUAAUCUUUAAUAUUUAGACCUUUUGCUCGGUACUGUGCAUUUUUCUUAAGCCUUCAAAGACAAAUUUUCUACAGUGUUGUGACAAAAAAAUGUUGAGGUCUUUUGCUCCACAUUGGAACAGUGUUUCUCAUGUUUAUAAUGAAAAACAAUGGUGUCUGUAUCCUAAAUACGACAACAUCCUUGUGAUACCAAGUGAAUAGCAGCAGACUCAAGUGUUCCUUAAGUAUGGUCUGGCUUUUAGUAUGGCCAUGCAGUAAGACUCUUUUGGUCUCAUUUCAGGGAAGUUCCACCUGACCUCCAAGACAGGGCGCAUUGAGAAGAGUGUUGAAGCCCACAAAGGAGCAGUUUUGGCAGGUAGAUGGAACUAUGAUGGGACUGCUCUCAUCACAGGUAAAGAUAACAGGAAAAUGCUUAUAUUUUCAUAGCUAUUUAAGAUAUUCAUUUAAAGAUACUCUGUAAAUAGCACUAUUUGGCAGAACAGACUUUGUAGAAAUGGAAUGUGAUAUUCAUAAAUAUGUUUACAUUGGUGUAUGAUCACCUGGAUGUAAAAAUUGUUUAGUGUUUGUUAAUUUAGAGAGACUCUUUUAAGGAUUUAAGAGCAGGUCUGCUACUAUAGAGAGAGACCAUUCUCUGGCACCAUCAUGUUUCUACACUAACACAGACUUGACAAACUAGUAACAUAUGUGUUUCUUGUAUUUAGUGGGUGGGCGGACAAAAUGCACAAGUUGAAAGAUGAAGUAGAAAUAGAAGGGAGUGGUUCUUGUGCCUAAGAGAAUUUGUAUUGACGGGUGAUUUUAUUGGUUAAAAUUCUGACAAAUGGAGGAUUAUACUUGUUAUGCAUCACAGGGGCUUCUUGUCCUCAAAGACAACUGUUGCUUCACCAGCGGGAAUCUGACCACUAGAGACCAUAAAGUUUUUCCAUUUCUACAUACUGUAGCUGGCUAUAAAAAUAGAUCCAGUUCUUUUUCUCUUCUUGAAUUCUUAUGCUUCUGAUUUAGAUGUCUGAGAUCCAUUUCAUCUGUUUCUCCUAUUAUGUAGCUGGAGAAGAUGGGCAGAUCAAGAUCUGGUCAAAAAGCGGGAUGCUGCGUUCAACUCUGGCCAGCCAAGGUAAGGCUGGAGUGAAGACGCUUGUUUUUCUGCACUGAUAUUAAGCUACACAUGUAACUUAUUGCUGCAUAUGUUCAUAAAGAUGUACGUUCAGCAAACAUCCUCAGCUCUUCAUUGCCACAAUAAUGGUUUCUGUGCUGCUUAAUGGACUGAAUGUGAAAGUAAAUUAAAUAAAGGAGAGAUUUUCAUACUGAAAAAGAAAACGAUUUGGAAAAGUGCUGAUUAAAAACAGCAGCUGCUGAGAUUUUUUUAUAGAAAGAGGUGAAAGUUUAGGACCAUUGAUUUCACUAGCCAGCAAGUUUUAUGACUUCAAGCUUAGACACAAUAUUUCUGUGAGUUUACAAGUUGAAACUUUUUCUUGUUUAAUCACUGCAGUGUACUCUGCACGCCAGUGUGUGUGCACUUUUUAUAUGUGUCUAAAUAUGAUUUUCUGGAUAAAGCAACAGAACAGUGUAUCAUUUUGACAUUUAAGAUUGAGGUUGUUUAGGAUGUUAUAAAAAGACCAACAGAAUACUGUGUCUUUUUGAAGGACUGUAGUCAGUGGGAAGCCAACAUAGAGUUAAUAAACGGUAAACGUAUUAUUUCAUGCACACGUGAGCACAAUAAGGCUUGAAGCUGUAUAUGCAUGGCAGUUAGAGUCCACUUCAUCUCUGUAACAUCAAUCUUAAUUCAUAUAAUUUGAACACCAGCGCGUGAGAGCUUAUCUGAGUCUCAGUCUAACACAGUUCAAAGCGGGUCACAUCCAUAACAGAUGCCAGCCAGCAGCAGGAGCCAGUCACUGACCAACCAGCUGCAGGCAUUUAGUAAACACAACACAACAUACCAACUCCAAUUACACCUUCUCUAUCGCUCUAUAUCACACACACACGCAGACACAUGCAAGUACGGGUUUCUUUUGUACUACUUGGCCCAAAGAGGGCCUCCUGUGACAGAGGGGAAAAGUGACACAGAAAGAAAACAGAACAGGCUGCAGAGAUAUUCAGUUUCUAUCGUGUAUCAAGGAAUCUUUCUCACGUGGCUCCUGACUGACACGAGAGUGGAAUUGAUUGCCCCAUAAAUUAACUUUCCUUGUGGUUCUUUUUAUCAGAUUAGUUUGACCUCAUAUGGCUUUUGUUUUUUAAGUCUGUCGUUCUACAUUGUGUAAAAUUAUUGCUUUUUAAACUGGUAUGCCAGUGUCUCUGCGUUGGCACAUGCUGAAUGAUCUGCCAGAUAUCUUUUUCAGCAUUGAUGCUUUCGACUCAAGCCAGGUAGUUUAAAAUGACAAUCAAGGAGGAAGUGUUUGUGUGCAUGUUGGACCAAUCAGCAUAGUUCUAGUUCUUUUUUUUUAUUUUUUAUUAAAAACUCUAUAAAGUUUCAAAGUUUUAUAGAAAGGGAGUUUUAUUAAGAGCCAUAAAAAAAGACUCUUAAUGAUACAUUUCUGUGUCCAGCACUCACAUUACGGAUGGCUCACUUAUUAAUUGAUUCAUCAUGCUGUUUGACUUAUUAAACUUUUCUUCUCAGAUGUGGGAUAGAAAAAAGAUGGGGUGGAUGAAAGUUGGCUUCUGAGGAAAAUGGAUGGCACAGUCUCGCUGAAUGACGGGUGCUGUGGAAAACCUGGCAGAGAAAACAGCGAAUCAGCCCCACUAUGUAGGAACAUUUUUCCUGAGCUGGCUCUUUUGAGAAUGAGCUGUUGGCUUAUGAGCUUCACAGGAGUCACACAGAUUUUUAGAGCACCUGAAUAUGGUAUCUCUGCCACUGAUACACAACAUCCUCCACAUGGCUCUCACACCACUGCAGGUGUUACCCUUUUUUUCAGAACCAACAACUCCACACUCUGAACCUACACGCACUGUUCUGGGGUACUCUGACCCAUUUUAAGAGAGAAAGAGAGAGAGAGAGGUCUUGAAAGAGGUGAGAUAUGAAUGAGCGGGAGGGAGGAACUUGUCUUACCUCCACAUUGCCUUUGUCAGGUUUAGAUCAUGUGACUACUUGGCAUUUGUGAGAAACCACAUGCACCUGGGGUGGGGUUAAAUGUCAGGCCCUCUCCCCUCCACAUGUGCGAAGCCACAAACCAACUCGUAUAUACACAUUCAUUUUCCCCCACAUGUGCACAAAAGCAUACAUGCACACACUCACACACAUUUGUGCUUAUAUGGUAGAGGUUUGUCAGGUUUUCUCAGCUGCUGUGCCUCUAAGCUAAGUGCAGUUCCAUAGGCUGAAUAAGGUGAGAGCUCUAAGGAAAUAUGAUACCCUCUAAGAGGAGGAUUCAUCACUGCUGUAUAGUCCUACUUUCCUGGGUAGAGGGGGAGAAUUCACAUAUAAACACAUGUAACUCUUGUCUUUUUGAAGCUCAAUGUAUUGAUUAUUGCUGAAGAGUAAUCUCUCACCCAAUCACCUUCUUUGUUCCUACGCAUCUUGCAGGGUCUCCUGUAUAUUCUGUGGCCUGGGGUCCAGACUCAGACAGAAUCCUCUACACAUCAGGAAGACAGCUGAUUAUCAAGCCCCUGCAGCCCAGUGCAAAAGUCAUACAGGUAAAAAUACUCAAAGCCCCUGUGAGGAACUUUUGGUUGAGGUCAGUUUGGUGCCCCUUAUGUUUUUAAGUUCGUUCUUAAUAUGUAAAAAUAAUUUCUAUUACUUCAUGGAUCACGUGGAACAUUUCAUGUUGUGAUCUUUACUCAAUUAUUUCCUAAAUGUCAAGUUUUUUAAAUUGAAUUAACUAGCAGAUGUGAUAAUGGGGACUUUUCUACAGCCACUUAUGCAACUCAUUAGUUCAUAAUUUCCAGCACCUGAAGGAGACUUAUUAUUCGAAUUUUCACUUUUUUGCAAUGUCAGUCUGGGACACCUAAGGAGGAGCUCUGCAUGACUUGCACUUCGAAAAUCUCCUUGUUUAGUUUAUACUGGUAUCAGGGAAAACUCUUUUAUUACAGGUGAUGAUCAUUCAGGUUUGAGCCUUCUGUUUUGGAAAAACUAGAAUUAUAUUUCCCCCCUCAAGGUCAAAAAUCUUGUGGUGAAUUCUAGUCAACAUUCAGGAAAGAUAACUUUGUACACCUCAGAGAUUUGUAAUUCUAAUCUUAACUACACACUCCACAUUAUUUCUAAACGAGAUGCCAGAGAGCGCAGUGGUGGAAAGACUGGCAACUCAGGUGCAGCUCAUUUUAGCUCGCCAGACCAAGCAGGAGCCACUUGGUCCAAACAGCCAAGGCUUGAUUUGAAAUCAUCCCUGGCUCCACAAUCUGUAAGCCAGUGAAGACAAAACAGACUUAUUGGAAGGUAUUUUGUUGAAGAUUUGCUUUCUGUAUUAACUGUUGAGUCAGCAAAUUACAGCAACUGAAUAAUUCUGUGACUUUGUAACAGUCACUACUAAUUGUAGAUAAUUAUUAGCUUACAAUAACUUGAUUAACACUGAUCAGCUCUGACAUUUUUAAUGAUUCAUUUGGGUCUCUGAGUCCAUUUGCUAACUGAGUUUUCCCGAGUUCCGUAUUUCAAUAUCAAAUCUAAGCACAGUUUGAUUUACAUUACCUUAAUGAAGGGUCAUGUAAGGGGGGUUUUGGCCUGUGAAACGACAGAGACAUACAUCCAGGAUGAUCCCUGUGAUGGUAGAUUCCAUAAACCACAUGAAAGUGAUGACAUUAAGUGUUAUUCAAAGACUGUAAUUCAGCCUCAGUGCUGUGAAAUCAGCUAACCGUCAGAUGUGUGCCAUAUGUCAACAACAACAGGCAGCUUAGUUUUUCAGUUCCUUUCUGCAGAGGAUGAUUUGCAGGAUCUGGAUUGUAUUUUUUUUGUUGUUGUUUUUUUGUAUCUUAACACAACGCAGAUGGAUAAUAAACAUAUAUCUUUUCGUAUUGUGGCAACAGUUCAGCUACCAAAUGGAAUAGCAAUUAAUGAGAAACACAUUCGAGAUAUUAUUUAUUGCUGUGGACACAUCGAGUUCCUGUAGUAAUGUGACAUGUGUUUGUGUUUCUCUUUGUCUGUGUUUAAGUUGGAUUUUACCCAGCCCUUUUCCUUGAACUUUUUAGACUCUAGCUGGAUUAUCUGCCCUGACACCUAGACAUAUCAAAUUGUAGGUUUCUCUUCAGUUUUUUUCUAUAAAUUUUUGCUUCUAGGUAGAUUUACUCGUAAUUUUUUUUGCCAUGUGUCCUAACACAGCUUUGUCCUUCAUCUUUUUGUAUUAAAAUAGAAUUUUACUAAUUUUUUUCAUACAAGAGCAAUGGAAAAAAGGAGAGUACUGUUUGUUUACAUGUCUCUAAAUACUUUGCAUUUAUGAAGUGUGCGGCACCAGGGACCUUGCGCACAAGUGGGUAUUUUUCCAGUUCAUGUUUACAUUUUUAUUAUUCUUUUUUGAGGCUAAAUAGCAUCUGGGACCCUAGAAAAACACCAGAGGGUUUGAGGUGUGCCUUUUAAACUCUCACUUUCUCAGAGCUACCACACAGGCACAAGCAUACACACACACACACACACACACACACACACAUAAACACACAUCCAGGUUCAUCACCUCUCCGCGAGACCCCCUGGAGACCAACACUGGGAUGCAAGUUGAACCUGUGUGGUCUCAUUCUGAAUGGGUCAACAUACAUUAGCCAGCCUGGGUUAAUGUUGAACUGUUCCUCUAUUGCCUGGCUGUUGAAUCUGAUGAGGCAGGAGUAUGACAAAAGCUUUGUGUGAUUGACCCUCAAAGAUUCUCUUCCAGCCAUUACAGUUACACACACAGCACACUUUUGCACAUGUUUACUUUUGUAUCUCUUGGGUGUGCAGAGUCAUCAUGUAAGGUACAGAAAAAAAGAGAGUAGGCGUGUAAAAAAGAGCAGAAAGAGCUCUUUGUUACUCUCUAAUACAUCAUGUAGAAAGUAAGCGAUCAUAGACACUGAUAUGAAACAGUCCAGAAACUUGCUACUAUGCAGAAAUGAAAUUGAAUGUUACUGACUUUCUGCAGCUCACCUGACCCAUCUGUAUGUUUGUUUUCCUUUUUGGGUUGUAGAUAUUGUGUAUAACUUUAUAAAUACAAGAUUCUUCUUUUUGCCCGUCUCCCUUUGUCUCUCUCUAGUGGAAAGCUCAUGAUGGUAUCAUUCUGAAGGUGGACUGGAAUUCAGUCAACGACCUUAUACUGUCAGGUGGAGAAGACUGUAAAUACAAGGUGUGUAUUUGUUUACUCUAUAUUACCAGAAAGUGUGCUGAAUUAUGUUUGGAUUUUUUGCUAUUCAAACCAUGUCGUCCACAAACAGGUUUGGGACAGCUUCGGUCGUCUGCUCUACUCCUCUUUGUUCCUUGACUACUCAAUCACAUCUUUGUCCUGGGCACCUGACGGAGAGGUGUUUGCUGUGGGUUCCUUCAACACACUGCGACUCUGUGACAAGACAGGAGUAAGAUAAAAGCCUUUUCUUUACACCUAUACCUUCUGUACAGGUUUUUCUCCAGAUUCCUAGAAUAUGUUGUGUUCUAUUGUGUAUGGUAAAUGAUAUAAUCCCCACAUUUUUCUAGGAAUCAGUUAAUCUCCAACAGGAUUCCAAAUAUUAGCAGCCGUUCUUAAGUGAAGAAGUUCAUAUGGGACAGGUGAAAGUUACUGCCAAAAUAAAAAGCACUUAGAGCAAAAAAAGCAGAUGUAAGCACCAAAAGAUCUCACAGACUUUCACUUGGGCAGCAAGUUCAUUGAGGCAGCCAAUAUUGAUUCCACAAAGAUUUUAAAUAUCUCAGACUUGAUCAUUAAAUUUGAUUGUCCACUCAACAUUGCAUUGCAAUACUAGCCUGGCAGUCUAACAACUACCAGUACAACUGCCCACUCAAGUGCUCCUCCAUAAAAAAAUGUUCUUCAAUCUAAUUCCCCUUUCACCUGUGACUAAGGACUAUUAAAAAGGUGAUGGACAAUUGUGCAGAAUGGCCAGAAUGUUUGCAUUUUUUAAAAGUUGGUCUAUGUUAUUUUAGUGAAAAGUGCCUCUUCAGUGAUUCAAGUUCUGUAGUUCAAAACUAGACCUGCCUACAGAUCAGCGAAGAUCUCAAGGGCCAGUAUAGGAAAUAUAUGUCUGAUUUUCAGGUUGAUUAAAGGUGUCAGAAUAGAGCUGAAACUUUGGUAUAAUCUGGGAUUUUCUGAGGGUAAGCCCCACUAAAACUGUGUUCAUAGGACUACCUUUUGCAAGAGCAAACAUGUUAGCAUCAUGCUUCUAGUGUGUCAGAUUAGCGAGAUAAAACUAUACAUGUGCCUGACAAACUAGACACUGAUGUUUAAGAUGAAAACCUACAAAUACAAGGCUUAGCUUCAAUGUCAACAAGAUGUAAGACUGCCCCUGUGAUGCUGAAAAGAUGCCCUCUAUCUUGAGCAACUGUGGCAAGCAACCUUUACAGAUGUCUAGCCUGUACUCCAUGUACUUUCCACACAAGCUUCUGUUUUGUGUGUUUUAUUUGUUUAUUCUUGUCCACCAAUAUGACAUUUAUGCUUUGUGAUCCGUCAUGUUCUUUUCCCUUAAAUAUACAGUACCCGUGGCAUACUGUCAGCUUUUCCAGCGCUUGCAUGGUUUAUACUGUGUAGCUCACUACAGGCCUUAUGGUUUCCAUACAUUGUUCAUCUCUGUAAACCACAUUAGGCUGUGUGCCACAUGUUCUUGUUACCUGGUGAUGAUGGUAACUGGAGUUGUAAUGAGAGGGGAAAUGAGAGAAUGAUGAAUGGUAAUUGUUGUUUUAUUAUCGCUGAGCAUUUGGCCAGGGUACAAUAUUACUAGUCCCCCUCCCCGUCUGACCUCACGAGACGUUAAGGGGGCUUCCUUGAGUUCCCUCGGAGAUGUCAGUGUACUGCUGUUUCAGAGCUGUCGUAAUGAAAACAAACAGCGAGGGCUGGGUUUUUGUGUUGCUGAACACCAGACGUUUCAUGCUCCAUUUUGAUUUAAUUAGGAUCAAAUGGCUUUUUUUUUCUGGAGCACUAAAACAAAUGGACUGGAGGAGGGUUUGGGCCAACACAUGUCUCUUUUCCAGAAGGUUAAGGUGUGUAUUUGUGUGUGUUUAGGAAAGGUUUAAUUAAUAUAUUGUGUUGAGUAUGGGUGUCCAAAUAGAGUUUGGAGAAACACCUUAUUCUUUGCUAUUAGUUUAGCUUAUCUGCUUUUGUAGUUCUUGACAGGUCCUGAUGAAACCGUUGAAAGAAUUCAGCUCAUAUAUCUCUCCUCGGCAUAAACAAAAAUAGUGCACAGUUAAAAUCCUAACAGACGGAACCAAGUACAACUCGCUCCUUAUUUUUUGUAAUGACCCGAUUCACCUUACGCCCUCUCAUUAUGGGUUUGUUUACGCGGUUGGUUUGUUCCAUUGUUUUGCCAUUGCACCACUUGCUUUGCUGUGGUGUGUCUCGGUUAAGGCAGUGUGAUGAUGAUAAUAAUUAUGAUGAUUAUGGUUCUGCUCUGCUCUAACUGGAGGAAGGGUAUGCUUGCCUUCUCCUCCCUAAGCCCCUUGGAGACAGCGUGUACUGUAGCGUGGCGUGGGAGGCUUGCUCAAGAUGAGGAUAGGGGGGAGAGAGAGAAACAGAGGAAAAGAAAAAGAAAUUCUCCCUCAAGGGUCACUCCAUUUUAGACACUUCCUACGUGUGAAUUCAGACACUCACUCUCCUCAUGCACAAGUUAGAAAAAGUCCACUUUGCACACUUAAGCACACUUGUUCUUUAAUUACCGCAGUCCCUAUGUGCUUGUGAGUUUAAACAUAAACAUAGAAGCCGCUGACCAAUCACAGAGGCUUUACCUGUGCUGUUGCUGUGGUCUGUUUGUGGUGCAGAAAGGGUUAAACAGUGCGAAGACUCCUUUCAGUUACUAGCGUGACUAAUGGGAAGGAGUUUCAUUCUGUAUCUGCUACAAUGAAACCUUGCACUUUAACGUAUUGCUGCUGGCUCAGCAGGAUCAGCCCAGCACAUUUAACCCCUUCACCUCCACGUCCAGCUCAGCUCGCCCCUCGCCCUAAACUCUCAACUCUGUCCCACUCUUUUCUUUUUUUUUUUUUUCCUUUUUCUCCUCCACAUUUUCUCCCUCUACACAGCACAGGGCAGAUGUAGUGUGUUACCCCCCUCAUUAUCACCAGGGACGGAGGAGGGGGGGGGUGCUCACUCUCACAUAGAAACACACACAAAGUUUACAUCGAGGGAAAAGCCCUUCGAGAGAUUAGUCUUUUGGUUUCAGAAAACCUCCCUAUAGACUGAACACAGUUUGUUCUGCCUUUUUUUUCCCCCAUAAAGCACCGCAUAUUUAUUAACACAUUAUAAACUCCUAUUCAAUCAUUUUCAUGAAAAUUUUGUGAGGCUCUUGUGAGAGGAAUACACUUUCUCUUCGCAGGAGCUUUAACAGGACACAAGGCACAAAGAGGUUCACUGUCCCUUUUACAAGAUUUGGGAGAGACAAUAAGUCAGUGUCAGUCUGUCUGUGUGCCUGCCAUAGUAUAUGCAUGUGCCCACAUGCCUGUGUGUGUCUGCGAGUGUGUGUGCAACCAUUGCCGUGCAAAUGUGCCCGCGAGACAGCAGUCUAUUUACGAGGCGCUGCAGCUGGUGUCUAGCGUCUGGACCCUGUCACGAUCCCUGACACUGUCACUGGCUAACAAGUAGGACUCAUUGUGCCAGGCGAGCACCCUCUCGCUUCUUUUUCUCUGCCUUCCCCCUUCCCUCCCCAUGCUUGUUUUUUUUCUCUCCCACUGUACACCCAUGCUCUCUUAUAUGAGUGCAAUAGCUGCUCAGUUUUGCUUUUUUAAAUCCUGCAUGAUAUUCUCUUUCUUCAGCUUGCAUGCUUUGUGUUAGAAAUCAUAUUUUUUGUGUUCUUGUUGCUCCUCAACUUUUCUCUGGGCUGUGUUUCGAAACUUUGCAGGACACACAGAUUGCUGCACAUUUAACCAAGAGUGUUAUUUUUUAAUAAUUCUUUGACAUCCUGAUUCUCAUGCUCAUUCAGGGCUUGGCAGACAACCAAAUAGAAAACACCGUAGCGUCAUAUCCCAUGUGCUUUGCCGUGUGACAUCACUCAGAGUUUUGGCAAAGUUGAGCCCGGGUCGACUUUUUCCAGUCUGGCCUUAUUCAAAUCAACAAGCAGCCUGUGUUUUUUCAUGCAGGACUGAUGCUGAUCUGAAUGUGGCCUUAGACCCAGGCCUCACUGAACUUGGUGAUUCCUCCUCCUCCUCCUCCUCUCCUGCUGCCUGUCUGUCUGUCUGUUGAAGACGUGGCUGAGCUGAGCUUUGGUAUGAUCUGUGCUCCUGUCACACUCCUGCUGAUAAGCCAGUGAACAUCUCCCAAACCCCUCUAUUUUUACUCCUCCAAUUUGUUGGUUGUACAUAAACCUCAGGCAACUUGGUCUGGAUAAUCAGAUGGUUUUAAUGUACGCUGUUAGUCAGGCUGAGCCCAAUUUCUGACAGACAUCCCAGCCAUGUGUAAUAACUGAAAUGUGUCUCCUUGCAGUUUUCCUACCACAAAAAGAUAACAGCUGUCACCCUUUUAAAGUUGUGGGAGAUAAGGGUCAUGAAUCAAAGAUCAAAUUUAUUCCAAAUAGUGACUUCAUUUUUUUUAAAGUAGUACUUUUAAACUGCCUUCUCCAACUUUUGGAUACUGCCUGCUUUUUUUUUUUUUUGCAACAGUUGGUGAUUUAUGAUCUAUAGCUGUGUUUUCUGCCACCUCCACCUUCUUGGAAAAAUAAGCAUCUGUUCUUACUUGAUCUUGAUCCUGAGAUACAUAAUUUUCUUCCUCUUUGUUUUAAGGAAAGGAGGUCCAACUUUUAGGACAUGUAGGAAACCCUCUUGCCUUCCACUUUUGUUGCACAUGCCUCCCUCUUCUCUGUGUCAGAGUGUUUGUUGGACUACCUCCUGCUUAUCAGUGCUCCCCCUCUUGGCUUGCUCAUGCCUUCCCCUGGGCCCUCUUUACCUCCUUUUUUUCUGUUUGGGUCCCCUAGGGGUCUUUGUGAGCCUUGCUCAGCACUGCCACUCUGGGAAUGGGUCCGUGUCCAGCUGGAAUCACCAUCGCUCCUCUUUCUUUCUCUCUCUUUCUGUUUCUUUCUCCUCCCUUCCCUCUUUAACGUGCAGCCUCUCUUUCUAUAGGAUCUUUGUCUACCAUCCUUAUAGCUGCCAAACAUUAUUUUCUCUCAGAGAGUCUAUCACUCUUGACUGUCCGGUAGUCUGCCAGUCUUCUCUUUUUUUUUCAUUCUUUUGUAAGCCAUACCCACUCAUGCCACCUCCUCCCUCUUUGCCAGGUCUUUAGGCUUCCCUGUCUUCUCAAUGAGUCCCUCUCACAGUUUUCCCCCUCUAUCAUUAGGAAGCAUAUACAGUACCUGAGCCUGCGCUGGCAGUCUGCUGCCAACCACUGGCCCGCCAACAUCUGGAAACUGCUGGAAGAGAAUAAAACGGCCCAGAGUUCUGGUCCUGAUCGUGAACCACUGUUAGUGGAACAUGAAAAGGCAAAAAAAAACCUCACUGUAGAUUUAUUAGACUGCAACUCUUUAUCAGCUUUAAUCACAUGAGAAGGGGACAUUCAGUACUGUGUAUUUGAGUGAAAGAAAAAUGUCACUGUAACAGAAGGAAGAGAGAGCAGAAUGAGGAGACACGUGCGCUGGACGGGGGCUAGAGAAAACAACAGAGAAAGGGGUAAGACAUUAGAAACAAUGAAAAGUUUGUCAAGAGUGAAAUUGCUGGUAGAAGUCUGACAAGGAGAGAGCAUGUGCACACACACAAAAAAAGAUGCUGAGGGAGGGUUUAAAAAAAGACGAGUAAGUUUGAGAGUGUGUCAGAGGGAGAGAGAGAGAGAGAGAGAGAGAGGGCGAGGGAGUAUUGUCAAACAAAGAGAGUCCUGAGUCAGCAGCAGAGCAGUUUUCUCCCCAGGCAACUGGGCUGGGCUACUCCUCUCUCUCUCUCUCUCUCUCUCUCUCCCUCCUUCUCUCUCUCCUCACUUGCUUCACCCCCCCUCCCUCCCUCCCCUUCCCUCCCUCCCUCCUCUCACAAAUCUGUGCUUUUGCAUGCUAUUUCUUGCUCCGCACACUCCCCCUCUCUGUUCUCUCGUUGUCAUAGGCUCGCUGCCUCCAUACACAGAGAACUGUUAGAAAAUGACCACAAGUUCUGAAAAGUGUGAUUGGGGUCUGCAUCAGCCUUCAGAGCUCUCUCCUCCCACCUUUGUCUUGGCCGUUGUCGUCGGUAUAUUUUUUUAAUGAGUCCUUUUAACACACUUGUAAUGAGGUUGUGGAAGCCUUGUUGAAAGUGACUGUAAGAUGCCAUACUUACAUGUAGACUGACUCGGUCAUCCCAAAGAGCUCAUUAGUUUCCGUUUCCUGUGAGAGUAAUGGUUUCUCCUUUGUUUUCCAGAUCCUUUGUGCUUAAAGGUUUCGGUUUUCUUAUUCUGGCACACUCCCUGGAACAGUGUAUACUAAGGUCAUCUCUUGCAGUUGAUUGACCCCAAUUUUUAAUGUGUGUGUAAGAGAUCUGGUGCCUGUCUGUGUAAAGUGGGUUAGAGUUAAAGGCACUUGUUGACAUGGUAAUACUUUUACACCUCUCCUGAGUUCGGCUAAAGGCUUGCCUUGUUGGAAACCAAAAAGGAGGGGAGCUUGAAAAAGAGCUGAGAAAAGAGAGCAGUUGGAGGGGGUGGGGGCGGGGUAGUGUGGAACUGUCCAAUAUAUCCUGCAAAGUUGGCCUAGGCAGUGAGGCUUGGAGGAUUGGUCUCCAUAAAAGACGGUGGUUUCUCUUUCCCUCAAGUCUCUCCCUCUCUCUCUCUCUCUCUUUUUUUUUUCUUCACUUCUCCACCCCUCCAUCCUUCCCUCCCCCCACAGCUGGAGUGAACGUAUGACAGUGAGACAGUGCCCGGCCAGCCCCUCUGGCAGAGUCAUCAUUCUUAGCAGCACUAAAUCACUACCUCCACCAGCAAGACAAACAUGUCGCACUCACGGAGAGAAAGAAGCAGAAAGAGAGGAAAGAGGGAUGAUUGGGAAAAUUGUAUAAGAUUAAGGGUGAUACCGAGUGACGAAGGCAGAGUGCAAAUAAAGGGCAUCAGUGGUGUUCACAAAUGAGUGAAAUCAGAGCGUGUGUGUAAACGGGGUAUCACUUCAAGCUGUACUGCCAGCCUAGAGUUCAUUAAAGGCUGUUAUUAAGGACUGGGGCUGGGCUUGAAGCAAUGGACCAAGGUCCAGAAAAGGAUGAUUUGAAAAGGUUUAAUUUUGGCCGCACCCGAGGGUUCCUCCCCCCUUCUGUUGGCUUCCACAUAGAUCAGAACGGUGUACUUUCAUUGUUAAUUUAUUAACUGGCUCCUUCAUUUGGUGUGAUUUGUUAUAAACAGCAUGUUUGCCUCCCAGAGAAGUUAUAGGCUUGUCAUCAAGAAUAUACCAUGUAUGCACUUGGCUCAAUGUGUGUUUUUGUACAGCCAGUACUCAUGGGCUUGUGUGAUUGUCAUAUCGUAGAAAACUAGCCAAGCAGUGAGGGUGAAAUUUAGAGUGGCUGUUACCAACAGGUAUUACAUAACCAUUUGAAGAGCAGUUUAGAGGCCUUCUUGUGAGUGUCCCACUAAAUAAACCCUUUGUUUCUUGAGGGAUCCUAUUGCAAGUUAUCUCAGCUCAUUGGCUAACCUUUUUUAAACCCCACCAGUGUGGAAAACAUUAGAUGUGAAUCAGUUUAUUGUAGAAAUUCCAUCAGUAGCAUUGUGGGUCCUCCUUGGCUGAUUAUUCCUAGACAUGUUAGUUGACUAAUUUCUUUGCAGUUUGAAUGAGAUUUACAGUUCUCACUAACCAAUUUGUCUGAGGUCAGAAAACAGUCAAAAUCGAGCACAAUUCACUCAACAUGUCUUAAUGGGGAAUCACAGAGUGUGAAAAAUGAUGGCAAAUUGGUUUUGCAGAGUAAGAAGGGCUAGCACCACGAGUUUUAAGUCAUUCUUGCAGCCUAAUGUUCACAUGUCUGGAAUGGUUACACGUUGCUCUAGUCCUGUGGUGACAUGCCAAUUUAACCAAUAUAUACAAAUUUAUAAUAUAUAUACAGUAUAUACAAGUUUAUCCUCAUUUUCAGAUCAAAAUACUGUCAAUCUGCACCAUGCUUUGAGACAUCACCCUUAUUUCCACGGCAGUAACACUGCAAGCUUUGUGGCCAAAAUCUGGAGCUAGUGGCAUGUGGCUGCUCUACAGCUGAGAGACGACAAAAAUUCUAUGACAAUAGAAAUAAUAAUUAGCAAAACCAACUUGAAAUUUUGUAGCAGACCAGCAAGGGUGAUGACUUAUGGUUGAGUCGCCCUAGCAUGCACAUCUUUUGGGAUUCCCAAUCAGCCAAAGGAAAUGGAUAAAUAAUUGAAGUAAUCAGUCAAAUGCUAUAGAUAUAAUUGUAAACAGUAGGCUAAAAAUCAUGAAUAACAAUUGAAACAGCUAGCCAAAUGUAUAAGAUCAACAGUUAAAUGACCGGCUAAUGGAGAGUAGUUGAAUUUCGUAAGUUUAAUGUAUCAGACAUAAUUUGAUCAACAAAAGUUGGCUCAGUGAUUAAUGAAAAUUACGACUAAACAUUUAACAGUUAAAAUUAUUACAAAGUUUGAUAAACACCACAAUAUCUGUGUGAAUCAAUUAAUCUGUUGGACUUCAAGCAAAAUGUUUUGGAUAAACAGGUAAAAUAAACCUUAAAAUUGUCAAUUAAAGUAAUGACUUUACAUUGAAAAGGAUAAGUUGAAAGCAUCGAUAUAGCUCAAACAGUCAGCUUUGAAGAAUAGAUGGAUGGUGGGAGAGACUAGCUUCAACUACAUCUAUUUUUGUUGAACCCAUAGUGUUUGACAUCUAGAAUGUGAUAGGUGGGAAUCAAUGAAGGAGUGCAUAAAUUCAUCUGUCAGAGUGUGGGGGUACCUCAGGCCAAAAAGUUUGGCUGCAUUAAUGGUCUUAUGUGAUGUUCCAGCUGUAGCAUGCCAAAACACAGGCGAAAAACAAAAUUACCUGUGUAUGCUUGUGCCCGUGCAUUCGUGUGUGCAUGUGGGUUUGUGCGAGUGUGUGUUUGCAAGCACAUGUGUGCAUAGUUGGUGCUAAUAGAAUUCUGCUGUCCGACUCACAGCUGUGUCCAACUGAUGAGUCCCAGGAGGCCCCAGCAUGUGUCUAUGGUUACUAUGUUGAGGCUCCAGCAUGAAACCAUGUGUGGAUCAUUACUCUCUCUCUCUCUCGCUCUCUCUCCUCACCCCCCACCCCCCCCUUUUCCCCUCCCUCCUCCUUCCUCCCCUCCCUCCCCUCCAGUUUGUCUUACUCCCCCUUCAUUCACCCACCCUCUCUUUCUCUCUCCCCCUCUCUCUGUUUCCCCUCACUCUGCCAAAUCUCCAACUUGUGCCACUCUUCACUCGGUCCAGCCCCUGUAUCUCUUUAGACAAGCCAAGUGGGUAUUUCAAUGCAGAGAUUUGCAGCACUCCUCUCAGCGGCCUAUGUUUAGAAAUGGGCUUACAGGAUAGCCGUAGUUAUUGUCUGUUAUUGCAGAGUCAGGGAAUGUAAAUGGUUUGUUGUUGAAUAGGCAGAGAAAAUGCUCUUAAGUGCUUGUGAGUUCACCUUGUGUUUAAAGGGGUGCUAUAAUUGUUGAAAAUGGGCAUUGCGAUUUGUAACAAGCGAGAAGUGUAAAACUGAACAAAGAUUAGGAUUAUUUGUUGUCAUUUUUGCACACGUCAUUUGUGCGAGGCUCUCUGUUUUUCUUGGCUAAACAAAUGUGAAUGUACAGAGCGCACAGUGUCGUGCAGUAUGUGCUCCUAAUUUCACUCAAAGAUCAUCAUGAUAAUAGGCCUUAGCAAUCAUCUAUAUGGAGUUAUUUAACUGCAGGGUCCAUUUAUUAAGUUGUAUGUGUUACACAAACAACUAAGAAUAUUUCCUGGGUGAAACUGUUGCAUGAAACAUAAUGUGUACUUACAGAGUGACUAUUAAAUGUGUACUGGUAGCUUGUUUCGUGGUUGUAAUUUGAUCUUUUGAAUUGGUGUUGUGAAUCAGACUUUCAGUAGUACUAGUCCAUAAAGCAAGCCAAUUUCAACCAUGUAUAGGUCUAACCAGUCCUGGAUAUGUGCCCAGAACUCGUCCUGAUUCUCAUAGUCAACCCCGUCCCCCAUUAAAGGGUCAGUGUAAGCCGACUUUUACAGUGCCUUCUAGUAUGUCCAGAGAUUGAUGAACCCUCAUCCAUAACCCUGCCUCCCCCAUUAAAAAAAAAAUGUUUGAGUUUCUCUCACAAACUAGUUUUUCUACCUCACAGACCUGAUUGAAAAGAGGUUGUUAUCUCAGAAGAGUUGAUUGUUGUCAGCAUUUCAUCAUUGCCUCUGUGUGUCUAGUGUCCAUUACACUCAGACACGUGUUAUGUGUUUAUUAUGUGGAGGGAGUUACACUCUGUACCUGCACUGCCAGGUCCUGUCCUGCGCACAGACACACAGGCAAACUGAGGCCAGCUGGCUUUGCAGAGAGUCUGCCAUCUGUUCUGAUUUAUGUAAGACUGCUAACCCUGGUCCAGGUUGGAUCUCACUAGCUCCCACUAGCCUCCUAGCACAGUGAUAAACUUGCCACUUCAAGCAAAACGAUAAAGAAGUGUCAAAACUGAUCGGACUAAAAGAUGGACGCUUGAACGUCACAUAUGAACAUCUGAAGUGAGACUGAAUGAAGCUGGAAGAUAUUGUGAAAAAAGUUUGGUCUGGAAAACACUGUACAUUUUAGCAUGUAAAACUAUCAAUUUAUGUAGAUGAUGAUAUCCAUAAACUAUUUGUGAAACUUUGAAUUGGACACUCUUGUUUGCACAUCAUAACAUAUUUUAUUUUGAACUAUGACCAGUGGCUAUAAUAGAUUUGAUAUACUGUGAUUUGAGAUGGAAAAAUGCUUUUUUCAUACUCAAGAUAAUGGCAUGAUAUUGUUUUGCUGAGGGUUUCUGCAGAUAUGAUAGCAUUUACAUCAAAACAGUGGAUAAAAGUGAACAUUUUGCAUUAAAAACUCCAUAUAGAUUGUAUACCUUAUUUUCUACUGAGGCUCAGUGCUGUUGUUAGUCUGAAAAAUGCAGUUUUUUUUUCAAGAGUCAGGAACUCACACUGACACAUUAACACAAAUUGAAGCUUCAAGUUUGCACGUACCCUUGCUUGAGUGUGUCAGAAGUGUCAGAGAUGAAGGGUUAUAAAGGUCGAGAGAGUCUGAAACUCUCAUUAUUAGCUGCAUCUUGUUGACUUGUAUUAGGGUUUGGGGUUAGAGGGCGGGGGUUGCAUAGAGCGGUUGGGGCAGACAUAUUUAAUGCUUGUGAAGUAAUGGGGCUGAAUCAGCAGAUAGCUCCACUGGGAGCCAUUAGUCCAGACAUGUGUCAUUAACCCUUUCCUUGGCCCAAACACAACCCCCCCCCCACCUCCCACCUCCCACCCCUCAAACACACACACACACACACACACACACACACACACACACACACACACACACACACACACACACCGCCUCAGCUGUGAAGAGCAGAGUUCUGUUUCAGGUAGUGUAGAGAGAAAGAGGGGGAAGGGGCGAAGCAGUGGCACAGAUACACACUUUCAUUUUCUGCUCUGACUUUGUUUUUAAUAUCUGCUCCCUGCUCCUCCUCUAGCCUGUGUACCUCGUUUUCAUUUAGUGGUUUGUAUUACAGGAUGGAUUCUGCCUGUUCUUGUUUGAAUCGUUCCAUUCAGCGUUGCAGACGCCAAGUAAGUCUAAUGUAUAACAUUUUGGAUCAGGUGAAAAUAUAUGAGCAGCAUGUUGAAAUUUGUUACAUAUGUUCCUCAUAUUUUGGCAAAAUAUGUCUCAGUGCACAGCCGUCUUUUUGGAGUAAGAAUGUUACAUUUCUUGUGACAAGUGGAUACAACUCAUCAAGCUAUGAGCUUAUACAUAUUUUAACUUUUUACAGUUAAAUCACAAAGAAGAAAAACAUAAUUCAAGCUGCUUUUCAGUAGAAAGAAUUUGACUAUAAUCUAUCUACAGCCGCCCUUUAACUCCACUGAAAAUCAGUAUCUCCUACUCAAUAGAGGCAUAGACCAUUGCUUUUAUUAUUUGUUGAUUUGUGUGAAAAAUAUUGAGCAGAUGUUUUACUUUUAGUGCAUAAAAAUAAGCAAAAAGACCUUAAUACUCCAAAGGUGCUUUCAGCAACAGGUUUGAGUUGUAAUUUUACGGGCUCUCGAAGUUAGAAUAUGUCCAUGCCUUUGAGCUAACUUUUUUUGCAUAACCUUUUUGCAGGCCUCCUCGUGUUGGCUGGGGCUGCAGGGCAACAAUAGAAAGAAGGGGCAGGCCUACAACACCUGCCAGUCUUAAUGGUAAACAUAUGUUGAGAAUGCGGAGAGAGUCAGGAGGUGAAGUGGAGAGGGGGAAGGCAAGCACGCUCCUUAAAGAGGCUCUAAAGAGGCUGCGCAGCAGUGGUGCAAAUCUGCCAUUUUCUGCAAUACUAUCAGCAUGCCAGUUUGCGCGCAUGAUUAUCUCACGCCUUCGUCAGAAGAGGAUUUGCGGACAGUAAUAGUGGUAUUACUAAAUUAUUCUGUGUGGCUCAAUUGCACCGUACAGAAUCAUUUUACCAGUUCAGCUCUUCAAGGUUUGUCACCUACAUGCAACUAACGUCUGUGUGUAUGAGUCACAUUAACACAUACAUGUCAUCACACACAGGAUGCAUGUGUGGGUGUUUCGCUCGGUGUUCAAAGUAAUCACCACGAGUGUUAGGACAGCCAGCCUUGGUUUUCUGCAACUUCUAUGACACGUGUGGGCGUUUGUGUUGCCGUCUGCAUUGUGCUGCCUACCUAGACUUACAUGCACAGCCAUUCAUCGCUGCUGUAUGUACUGUACAUACAUAUUCCAUGUGUAUACGCUCAUUGUAAGCACUGAGGGGCCUCUCCCUCCCUCCCCAGCUGAGAACUACACGUCAUGUCUGCCACCUUCACUCUGGCCACAAAGCUGCCCAUUAUGGCCGGACAAGGUUCAGUGACCAGAAAGUGGACUCUCUCCACCUGUAUCUUCAUUUUGGCAUAUUUCAACUCGCCCUUUAUCUCUUUGCACUAAUCUCCAAAUAACUCCUCAGUUACACCUCUUUUUUCUACAAUAUACAAUUAUCAAAUCUGAUCGUCAACAUAGAUAUCUUGGCCCACCAGCUCUUUUAUCUAAGAACUUUCUUUCGUAUAUUUUUCUUAUCUGAGUGAAUGAAAGUGAAGUAAAUAAAAAAGGAAAGGGUGCCGGGAUUUCGUAUGAGGUUAAGCCCUGAACGAUGUAUUUUUAUUCCAGGUUUCUCUCUUUCUGGCCCAGUUGGUCCAUCUCAGGACAGAUAUGGGAAUCCUCCUGUGUCCCAUAGUCAGACACCUGCUGACAACUCUGACAAGCCAGAGGAUUUUCACCUCCUUUACACACAGGCACACACACCUUCAAAACAGACAUUUGACACUCACUGGAGAAAAAAAAAAAGUGGACAUUUGUUUCACCUCAUCUACACACACAUAAAUUACCCUGCUAAGCUGUUAUAGUAUAUUCUACCAUUCUAAAAUUUACUGUAUUUACAUUUUCCUGACUCAUCUGUACUUGAACUCACAUAGACACACAUGCACACCAACAUCGCACACACAAAAGGAGGAGCCCUACCCACACUCAGGCGCACACACACAUUCUCACUUGCUGGCUUGCCGGCUGGAGUCAAAUGGCUCAAUGUGUUAAAAGCAUUAGGUAAGCACAGAUCCAGCAGUGCUCCUCGGGCUGAUAUCAUAUGUCCUGCUUCAUUACAGUCUGGUGUAUACAUUGAGCCCAAUCUCUGACCCUUCAUCCAUCCAUUCCCUCUUUCUCUUCCAUCGCUCCCCACUUCUUUACCCCUGGGGUGCUUUAACACAGAGCGAGCCAUCUCAAGAUGUUAGCUGAAGAAUAGAUGAGAUCCCUCAUUAUUGUAAACGCUGGCCCAGGCCCGGGCUCUUUGGCUGUGGAGCAUUUGGGAGCACAGUCACUAGCACAUGGAUAGACUUCGAUUUAGAGCGGAGAAAAGAAAAUUCUGUGUAAAAAAAGUCUAAUUAAUCCUUGUUGCUGGAUUUAUGAGGAAAGAAGCUUGGAGCUGCAGAAAGAGGAAAGUUCAAUAGCAAUUAGUUUUAAUUUAACAAACAAUCUCUUUCCCAAAUGUUUUUUUUUCUCUCUGCAGCUAUUUUGGGUCCUGAUAUGACAUUAACUGCUGGGUGGGUGCUGCUCAAAGCCAGCUGAGCGGUGUGUGUUUAAGGCAGAGGGAGAGAGCUCCGAGCAGCGGGCCUCUAACCUGCAGCCUUCAGGCUCUUACCUCAUACCACACCUCACAUCCCACAGCUGCGUCGAGUGAGGCAGCAAACACUGAGAGCUUUUCUCCAAACCUCACCUCACUGCAGCACUUGGCCUGCUGCACCACACCUGUCUAUCCAUCUCAGACAAGCAUGAUCAUAUUAGCUCUUUUCUUUACUCCAAAAGCAGAUUAGAGCGUGGAUGCAUGUAGUAAGAAACCCCUGGUCCAACUCCAAUUAGCAGUCAGCCACAUGCAUCUUUAGAAAGAGGGAGGUCUGCCAUGUUAAUCUCUCCAUUGCCUGAGCUAAUGAGUGAUCAUCCUGGAAAAUAAAAAAUCGGAAAACUUUUACCGGCUAGUAGACCCAGACUGUCUCCACUGAUUUGUUUGGACUCAAAGCACAAUAUGCUUUUUUUAGUUGAUGUGAUACUCCACAGAUGACUGGAGGGACAGGAGUGUGGAAAGGUGGAAUUGGAAGAAGGAAAAAGACAUGGAAACAGAGCAAAAUAAAGGGGUCAAAUAAAGAAAAAGAGUGAGGUGUCCUUGUCAUUGGGGAAGUAAAGAUUGCAUGUCCCUCAGCUGUGUCUUUCACCAUUAAUGACAGUCAUCCACAAUGACGUGAUGUAGUACAGUGGCCAUAGACAAACCUCCCCCCACCUCUGUUGAACCUUUUUCAUUCUCAUAAAAAGAAAGGGAGAGGUCUUGUUAAUCAGCUUUUGGCUUCAGUUUUGGGGCUCAUAUAUAAACCCUCCUCCCUGUGUGUGUGUGUGUGUGUGUGUGUGUGUGUGUGUAACAGAUGAGGAUAGCAGAGUGUAUGUUUACGAGCACAAGUGCUGGACUUGGCAGAGUCCGAGCGCUACUUCAGUGUCUCACAGUUCAUCACAGCUCAAUGACUGACCGACUGGGCCCCUGUUUUUGCUUCAGAGUUUACAUUAUAUGCCCACGUAUACACACUCACUCAUACACAACUCAAACUGCCUCUCUUCUCCAAACUUGUCGUUGUUUUUUUUUUCUCAGGUGAUUAUUUAAGAGUUCAGAGAAAUAUCUGUAGUCGUUAACCAUAUCAUUCUCUGUCUCCCUGCAGUGGUCCUAUGCGUUGGAGAAGCCAAACACAGGCAGUGUGUUCAGCUUGGCCUGGUCUGCAGACGGCACCCAGCUGGCUGGAGCCUGCGGCAAUGGGCACGUCAUCUUUGCCCAUGUGGUGGAGCAACACUGGGAGUGGAAGAACUUUGUUAUCACCCUUACCAAGAGGAGAACCAUGCAGGUAGAAAGAGUCAGACAAGUUUUUAUUUAUUCUGUUUUUUAUUUACCCCUUAAGAGGCUCAAUUUAAUCUUGCCUCAGGGAUCAUGCCAUUGUUAUAUUUUAGUUUAUUUGGAGAAAGACAAACAGUAAAGGAAGAUUGACAGAAUGCAAAUAUAUGUCAAAAACAGUGAAACAAAUGCACAUAUGACAUUCAUCCUGGAAUUUCACUUGGAUUCCUGGUCAGUCUAAAUGGUGAUGGUGCUGUAUGAUACAGCUGCCUCUAGCAAAGGCAAAAACUCGCUCAAUCUCCCCGUGAUAAAAAUAAUAAUACAAACUUAAGAAGCAAACAUUAACAAAACCAAACUCAUUUCUAUUACCAAAGAGGAACACAGGCAGUUGAGGAAAACUGCAGUUCUUGUGAAGGACUGUAAAGAGGUGAGUAUGUAUGAGAAAAAAACUGCCCAGGCCUUGACUAACUGUGGUCAUAUAUUAAAGUUGGACCCUUCUACUGUGCCAGUGUGCAGCCCUGCAAUGACAAUGACCAGCCUGUCUUGAAGCCUCUCUCCCUCUCUCUGCUGUUUAAACUCAACGCUAACCACAAGGUAGCGUUUACACGCGGUUAACACACCCAAAUGUACAUACACACGCACACAUAUACACUCCCGUAUACUUUCAGACAUGGAUACACAUGCAGAAACAAGGUCAUGCACAUACAUGUUAGCCUACACAUGCACUUAUUUGACAAAGAUGUCUUUACCAAGUGCAAUUUGUGUAAACUAAGCAAAGUCGGGUCAUCAGCCAUUUAUUUUCAGCUUUGCAGGCGCUUUUCCAUCUCCCUCCUCCCCCUCUCCUCCUCGCAGUCCUUUUUAAAAAGUGCACAUCUGCCAGUGGUUUGUGAAUCAGCCAGCUAAAUUUACCACCUUGCGGUCAAAUGUUUUUUAUUCCUGGUUGUGUUGCAUGUAAAUUUGGAUUGCUGGAGGGAGCAGAGGAGGAAGAUUUGUAAAGCUGUAAAAAUAACCCCACCUUUCACCUGGUGCUGGAAAAGGCCUUUUCAUUCAUACAGAAAGAGCGAGAGGGAAGUAUUUAUCUAUGCAGGUGAAAAAUGAGUACCCACCCCGACACGCACACACUUGAAACAGUAAAAACUGCUUUCUCUGACCACAGUUACCUUACAUUUAAUGGGACAUACUGUAGACUGUUCACUGUGACUGUGUGUUAGCGUAGCACAGUGUCUGUCUUUUGUUGCUCGAGUGUAUUCAUGAAAUGUGUCUCAUCGGCUGUACAGAGUUAAUGCAUGUUAUGCUUGGUUUUUUUACACUUAACCCACUUCUCGCUCUUUUUUUUUUUCAGGUCAGGAACGUGAUAAACGAUGCGGUCGACAUAUUGGAGUUUAGAGAUCGAGUCAUUAAAGCCUCUUUAGCUUAUGGUCACCUUGUGGUCGCCACAUCUCUCCAGUGCUAUGUCUACAAGUAAGAAAUCCACAGCUUCUUUUUUCUCUCCUCCUGUAUUUACACUGGACUCAAACUUGAAUCAACUCACUUAAUCAAUUCUCAAUCAUGAAGGUAAUAAAAUGGAUGAAUAAAAUUGAAUACGAAGGAAUUACCGUAAUAACCCACGUUGUGUUGCUGGGAAAAUCUCUUGAGUGUACCCUGCAAUCAUUUAGACACUUAAACAAACAGGAAAUCUAAUGAAUCCUGGUGAGAAAACAUGGUCGGUCAAUUUGUGUCGUUUUGCAAUGUCUGUCUUUCUGCUCUAAAUCUUAUUUCUGUGAUAUUAUCACCUCCUAACUUUUACCAGAUGUAACACUUUGUAAUUAGAAAGACAAAAAGCAUGUUCACGAAUUUUAUUAUACAUGUAUUUUCUUUAUUUUUGCCAGCUCAGGAAACUGGAAUACUCCCCUCAUCUUUGACUUGAAGGAGGGAACAGUCAGCCUCAUCCUGCAAGCAGAGAAGUGAGUCACUAUUCCAGGAGCACGUCAACAAGAGAGAGAGAGAACAGGCUGUUGGAUCGUCUAUCAACUUCUCCUAAUGCUUUAGCCCUGUCAUACAAUAAGGCUGAGAGUGAAACCACAGGGGGAAAUUAGAUUAAUAUGGAGUAGCUCUUGUGCAAUACUCGAGCGCAGUGUCCCUGACACUCAGCAUAAAGCUAAAGAGAUUACUGGCUGUUCUGAAAUCACAGCUGAGUUUGAUGAGUCUUGCUGAGUAAGUCGACAUUGGUUAAUGUGCAUUACAUGUUUGAAUUACCUGCCUGUGUCUGUUCAUUAACUGUAAUUGACUCUUCAUUCUUGUUUCUUCUCUAACAUCUAUCUCCUUUUACUCCUUGCUUCCAUCCUUCCUCCUGUAAUCUCCCUCACCUACUCAUACAUAGAGUCAUUCACCCACUUAACUCUCAUCCACUCUGCUGUGUUGUGCCUUCCCCCUUUAGACAUUUCCUGCUGGUGGAUGGGGCAGGGUUGUAUACAUUCUCCUAUGAAGGCAGACUAAUAUCUUCACCUAAGUUCCCGGGGAUGAGAGCUGACAUCCUCAAUGCCCAGAGUGUCUCGCUAAGUAAUGACACCAUCGCCGUUCGAGACAAGAGCGAUGAAAAAGGUGAGUGGACAUCUAUCAUCACUUUAGUAAUACACAUUUUUGCAGCUAUAGUCUUUUUAGAUUCUCUUCUCCUCUUUCCUCAUUAGUGGUCCUCCUGUUUGAUGCCCUCACCGGGAAAGCACUUGGGGAUGGAAAGCCCCUGUCUCAUAAGGUGGGCGACUCUUUGCUUUCGUAUAUACCUCAUGCAUUCAGCAACAAAAGAAGUGAUUUCACUCCAUUAUACAGUCUUUUAACAACUUGUAUGCACUUAAAGUGGAAAGGUUUCAUCGCCUUUAGGUUUCCAUAUGCUACUUAGGAUAACCCAAUGCCUGGAUAUUAGCGAAUAUCCUUUUAAUUUGUCAUGUGAUAUGCAGAAAAAAGUGACAGGCAGUAAAAUAAAACGACUUAUUUAACAGCAGUAUGACAACCAUGGGCAGGCAUGAGCAAAGCUAUACAGAUUCUGCAGGGCUGGGCUCAGCUGGUCAAGUCAUCACUGAAAACAGCGACUGUCUGAAUAGCUAUGUCCAAGUGGAUGUACUAAAAUCACAUCAGGUCAUCCUUACAUCAUCGAUACCACUUAUAUGUACUGUAGGGAGAAGCUAGAGGGGAGAUCAUGCAAACUCCACAUGGAAAGUCCCCCAGCCAGGAUUUCAAUCAGUAACCUUCUUGCUGUAAAAUAAAAGAGUUGACCACACCACCACUGUGCAGCCCCGUGUCAUGCCAACAAAAUAAAACUAAUCGUCUUAUUGAUCUUGUUAAAAACAUAUACCUGUGCCAGAUGUCCCCCUUAACUAUAGGUGUGUGCCCUCCGCAAGAGAUUACUAUUCUUAUUAUCUAAAAGGAUUGCAUUUCACUGUAACGGUUAUUUGUGUGCUCUCGCUAAAAGAUAGUGCAGGUACUUUGGAGAUUACUUUUAAUUCCCAGUGCUUUUUGUCCUGGAAAAGGAACACAUUCUCGACCACAUUAAUAUUGUACUCGAGCCAACAAAACCCAGCAUACACUAUUGGAUUGCUGCUGCAACUCAUUUUACCUGAUGUAUAAAUGUAUUGACGGGUGCAGAUGCUAACUUUCGCCUGUAACCUGUAAGUUUAAUUCAUAGUGGCUGUUUUUUCUUUUCCUUAAUGACUCAAUCGAUCACGUUUCUUGUAAAUUGACCCAGUUUAGUAGAACAGUCUUUUCAGAGUGAGUGUCUUUGUUAAAAACACACGACUUUAUGUCCAUAUGGGAGAAAGACAAUAAAGGCAGAAAUCGGAGAAGGGAUUUGGAGUCAAAGUAAGAGGGAAUAAAAAAAGAAAGAAAGAAAGAGUCAGAAGAGAAGGAAAAGAAGUAGAGGUAGCAGUACUUACUGUUUGUCAGCAUGGCUUUCUCUGCCAGCACACCACAGCUCCAAGACACUGCACCCAAGCCAGCUGGCUCUGGCCAGAAACACACACAGACUCAUUCACUUACACACAGGUUCAGACACAUACACCCUCUUAACGUCUCUCUCUCUCUCUCUCUCUCUCUCUCUCUCAUUUACACACACACGCACGCACGCACGCACACUUGGCAGAAAGAUUGUUUGGUCAUGGUACAAUCUGCUUUCUUCUUUUUCCUUUCUUUUGUCAUCCCUCCAUCCAUCACUCGUCUAUUCCCUCUUACCUUUUGUGCUUGUGUGUGUCAUUUAUCAUAAGCAGCUGGAGGUGGUGGAAGUAGCUCUGGACCACUGUGGCCCGUCCAAUGAAAGGAAAAUUGCUCUGGUAGACAAGAACCGGGACCUUUACUUGACAUCUGUGCGUCAUCUUGGGCGAGAACCCAAAAUCUGCAAAAUUGGUAAGACAGGCAGGAGGGAGCUGACUCUUCAAGAUGUGAAGUUUGGUACACAGCAGUGUUGCCACCAGUGGAUAAACCGAACAGUGAAAUUCAUGUGUGAUCUGUCCUGUAGGCAGCAUGGUUCACAGUAUGGCAUGGAAUGACGCUGCUAACAUCUUGUGUGGAGUCCAAGACGGCCAAUUAACAAUGUGGUACUACCCCAGCGCUGUCUUCACUGACAAGGAGCUGCUGCCAAAAACACUGUACAUAAAGGACGGCAGGUAGACAAGAACAAACCUUUGCUCUCACUUCUGUACACACAUUUUCACACAAAUGAUGAAUACUUUUCCCCUGAGUUGAAAAGUGGAGGUGUGUAACAGACAAUCUAAAACGUUGUCAUGAUUUAAUGUGAGCUGAAACAGGCAUUAAAGAGGAGCAGUCUUAAAAGAUUUUAAUAAGAACUAAGGAAAUGUGUUGAAGUAGCUUUUUUAAGCCGGUACCUCAUUCUCCAAAGACACGCCGUACUUUGGGCUCUCUUUAUUUGCCAUCAGCUGUCAGGCUGUAAAGUGCUUUCUGCACAAAAGUCAUCAGCAUCAGCCAGUACACAAGGCAGUGAGGAAGAAAGCCUGUGCCGGGUAAACAAGGACUACCUACACUACUUCUGCAUGUCUGCACAACUCUAAUGUGUGCAUGUGGCUGUUGUGUUUUCUGUUCUGAACUUUAUAUUUCUGAUUGGUUUAUGACUUGAAGUAAUGUUUUGACACGACUUAUGCUGAAUCAUACUUUUUCAGAACACUUGUUUUUAAUAGGAUCAAGAUUUCCUGUUGUUUUGCUGUUACUAUUUUGGUACUUCAGCAGCCAGAUUACAUCAUUGGGCACAUUAUAAUUUCUUUUUAUGCAGUGUGCAAAUGAGGAACACCAGAUAUCCAGUGGUAAGAGGUUGGGUUGAAAUAAAACUUAAAAAAUACUUCACUUUUGCAGAUGUGCCAAGCUUUUCAGGAUAUUUAGAACGGAAGGGUUGUUGGACCAAUUACAGUGUUACUGCAAGCAGAGCUGUCAGCAAGUUAUCAUCAAUGCAACAUGUUGUAUAUGUAGUGGGCUACCACAAAGUACUCUUGCAUAAAGAAUUCUGGCACACACGUAUAUGCAAAUUGUCUACUUCUGCAUGGUCAAUAUGUUUUUAUCAGAACAUUCAUGAUCCCGUACGGAGUAACAUGUUAAAUUAAGAUGAACAGAGUCAUUACAUAUUGCAUAACUUUAAUCAGUCAACUCUUUCUCUCCCCUCUACAUAGAUUCUAUUUUUAGACCCAGUUUUGGUGUUAGUUAAGAGGAAAAUAUGAGCUAUGGAUCUUCUUUGCUGACUUCUCUGUGGUUACAAAUACUUGCUCAUUCUCUGGUGUGUGUCUUUGUUUGUCACAAAGUGAAUUCAGCCGUGCACCGCAUAUCGUGAGCUUUGUUGGCACCAAAGUGACACUACGCCAAGGAGACGGUUCACUGGUGUACAGCAAUGUUCCUCCGUACCCAGCUCUCCUGCACGAGUACAGCGCCUCUGCACGCUGGGAGGACGCACUGCGCCUCUGUCGCUUUGCCAAGGUAACAUAGUUGUACAUGUUUGUUUGUGUUUUUUUUAUGCACCAUCCAUAGACUUGUCAAUUCAACCUUGAAUCCAAAAGGAGCACGUUUUCCAUCUAGCAUUCAUACCUAUGUAACAGACCUUAAAGGGAUAUUCUGGCGUAAAAUUAAUUUAGGGGCAAAUUCACUGUAACACCAAGUUAGACAACCCCUCGAGAGAUCAAUGUUGCCGACCACUUGCUUCUCUAGUUAUACCAACUUUAAUAUUGACCACACUAUAGCGAUACACAGCGGUCUAUGGAACCACAAACAAACCUCAACCAAAACGUCACUCUAUAGCCACAAAUAAUGCUCAGAACAGCACCUAACUUCAUCAACAGUACAUAUAGGGUCCUAGCUAUAGAACUAGCCACCAAACAUCUUUUUAACUUUGCCUAAUUUCUUUCGCAAAGAGAUUAAACACAAUUUACCUACUCUCUUCCAGCAGCCACUUGUUUGUAUCGAGACCUCUGGCCAGUCCAUCACGGACUACAGUGGGGUGACGCAGCUCAAGGAAGAACAUUUUUGAUCAUUUUUUCAUGGAAAUGCAAUCAGACCGAGACACUGAGGCAGAAAAACUACAGCGAGCGUCUGCAGUGCAAAAUGAUUAAUAUGGUGAUUAUUACUUUAAGGAAAUGAUAAAGAAAUGAUCAUAAAUGUUCUUCCUUGAGCUGCGUCACCCCGCUGCAGUCCGUAAUGGACUAGCCUGAGGUAUCACAACAAACAAGCAGCUGCUGGAACAGAGUAGGUGAGUUGUGUGACAUAUACUGCGACAUAGGGUACAGAUAGCCUAUUGGUUCAAGUAUGCACCCCAUGUAGAGAGGCUGUUGCCUUUAAGCGGUUACUCCAGUCUGCAGCCUUUUCCCCACACAUCACUCCUAACUCUCUCUCUCUCUCUCUCUCUCUCUCUGAGUUGCCUGCUCUAUCCACUGUCCUAUCCUACAACCAAAAAAAUUACUUAAAAAAUGGAUAGUAAAAAAUAUCCAGCAGAUGAGGACGCUGGCACAGCUCUGGCUCCUGUGGUGUGUCACAUGCAUACAUGUAUGUGUGUUUGAGAGCAGACAGGGUCUGAAAUAAGGUAGUGGACAGGUUUAUGAGACCAGACCAGCAGGCUUUAAUUAGCCCUCAAUUAGCCUGGUGACACCAUUUACCGGAUUUAGCCCCCUUCAGACCUUGCUCAUAAAUACACACUCCAUCCGCUGAACGCAUGUGUAAACUCUCGCAUGCACACACACACACACACACACACACACAUACACCGAACCCAGAGUAAGCCUCUGUCUUUGCUUUGGGCGAUGAUGCAAUAACCACAGCUCUGGAGAAAUGGACGGCCAGUCACAAGAGGCAAAGGGACAGAGAAAAGAGAGAGAGAGAGAGAGAGAGAGUGGCACUAGUUUUAAGAGCUUUUUCCUCUGCCCCUCCCCCCUCUACUUCUGGUAAGAAUUUGGUGGCAGGGUGGCUUUUCCCAGAACCACAGUCGCUGUUGUCAGUAAGUGCCCACCUGAUAGAAGUUGAUGCAUGUAAUGGUUUACAGCCAUGCAUGAAAGCCAGCAUACAUAACAUACAGUAAGUGACAUUUUCAAUCAAGCGAGUCACAAACGGAAGAUUUACCCUGAGACUGAUAGUGGUAGUCAAGAGUUUAUAAAGCUGGUGUCCUCAGGCAGUGGCUCACAGAGUCACUUGUUGUUUCCAGUCGUGGUUUUCCGAUUAGAGCUGUUUGUCUCUCUGAUGGACACUGAUUAAAGGGGGAAUUACAGAGUGGUGACUCCAGUGUGAAGUUUGCUCAACUGUUGACCAAAUGGUGGUUAAGGCUGCUUUAAUAAUAGCAGCUGCACAAAAUAAGAGGGGGUGACACAUUUGUUUACAUUCAUAGACGUUGUGAAUGGCAACGUCUAUACUGGCAUUUCUGUUUGUUUUUGUAUGCGUCAUGCAGGUUUUCUCAAACACUUACACACGUGCACGACUAUAAUGAGGACUUCCAGUUUAUGAGCAGGAUGUUAUGAAGACCAUAAAGACACCAUCAAACCUCGUCGGAUUGCACACAUGCACCAGAAGAGGAAAUGUAAUAGCAUUAAUCACUACAACCUGGAAGUGUCUUAAAAGUUUCGUUUUUACAAAAUAGUUAAAAGUAGUACAUAUUGAAGAUUCAUGAUAUUCAGACUCCUGAAAUGUUUUCAAACUCUGUAAUUACUUAUAUUUAUCACUGUUGUGUCAUUAACCCAGGCUUAAAAUAAGUAGCAGAUACCAGUAAGUAGCUUAAGUUUUAGUCUGUGUCUGGACAUGAUGAGCCUAUGCACAGACCUGAGUGUCAGCUGUGAGAGCACUUAGGCUGCAGCACACACAACUGCUGCAGUUUUCAUCUGAGAAAAUUUAAAACAAACCCAUAGCCAUACUCUUUGGGCUGCAUUUAAACGAGCUGAAUGCAAGCUGUAAUGUGGUCUGUGAUGAAAAUAGAAAAUAUUUUCUUUCCUGUCAGAUGUGCUUGAGAGAGACUGACAAAAGUGGAGUCAGACAAUUUUGUUUUUCUGUGCUGCUAGAUGUUUGAGAAACCUGGCAUGGGGAAAGAAAUGUGAAAUAUAAAAUGAAGGCGCAUAUUGAAAAAGGACUGAAUGAUCACUCAAUAUGUAGAAAUAGCAAUAUACCUUCUUUCAGCUGGUUAUUAUAGUACCCCUGUUUGGUUGACCGAUUUUGUUGCUUAACAAUCUUGUCAAACAGGUUGUCUCUACACUUUACUCUUGGUGCAAAUGAGAUUCAGUCAGCCAACAAAUCUGGGGUCAAGUCAAGCGUUCAAAAUGUGGAAACUGAUGGCCAACCUCAAGAAAUUUAACUUUGUGGAACUUCAGUUGUGAAUAUCUUAUUUCAUAAUGAUACAAAAUAUCUUUUUUUCAACAUCAUGUCAACAAACUGACUUCUUUUCCCUCUUUUACCUUUAGGACCAAUCGUUGUGGGCGUGCUUAGCUGGUAUGGCAAUGGCAAACAGGGAUCUGGACACAGCUGAGAUGGCCUACGCUGCCAUUCGAGAGGUACGGUCAAUUUAAGCAAAUGUUAAAAUGAAUCUCAUUCCAAAUCUCUCCUCUGCCCACAACAUCUCCCUCUCUUGUCUCAGUUACCCAGAGUUCAGUACAUCAAAUUUAUUAAGGAGCAGCCGUCAAAGGAAUCCACUUUGGCCCAUAUGCUGAUGUUCAGCGGUCAGGUCCAGGAGGCUGAGGCCACUCUGUUACAAGCUGGUCUCUUCUACCAGGCCAUACAGGUCAACAUCGACCUCUUCAACUGGGAGAGGUACAAACUCGGAGUUGGCAUGAAUGUGUGUUUUAUGUAGCCCAUUUGUCUACACUGCAUAGAUGUUUUAUCACCAGUUUGCCUUCUCGUGUCCAGGGCCCUGGAGCUGGCAGUCAAACACAAGACUCAUGUGGACACUGUUCUGGCCUAUAGGCAGAAGUUCCUCCAGAAAUUUGGCAGAAAGGAGACCAACAAGAGAUUCCUGCAGUACGCUGAAGGGGUGAGUCAGGGAACCAUGUCAGCCGCACUGUGAUGAAUAGGGCCGUGGCAGUGGAUGUCUUUGUAGCUGCAUGGGGUGCUUUUUUCCUCAAAUGUUCCCACUGGUUUAGCAACUUUUAAGCUCUUCUGACGCAACAUGAGUGGCACAUUUUGAAAAAGCUGAAUAGAUGUCUAAACAGGGUGGGAGAAGUGUUGAAAUAUACAGUACUUGAUAAAAUUCCAGUGUAAUCCAUGACUUAUCUUCUAUUUUGACUAAUCAAGCUGCUUUGUGUAAACAUUCAAGGCUGAUCAAAUGAACAUCCAGCGCUUAUAUAAUCAUCUUUUAUCUCAUCUUUCUCUUUUCCUGCCAGGUCGAGGUGGACUGGGAGAAAAUCCAGGCGAAGAUCGAGAUGGAGCUGGCGAAAGAGAGAGAGAAAGCUGCAAACGCAUCCGUGAGGAGCAGCGGGGUCUUGCGGCGUUAACGUUCGAGGAACCUCUCUCCAAAACAGCAACUAUGUGUGAACAGACCCAUGUGCUUACGACAUACAACAAUGAGGUGGAUGGACUGUGCUUCAGCGUAAUGAAAUAUGUCUGCGCUGGAGAAAUAAUAUCGACCAGAAGUUACAAGUGCAGUUACUUAAAGGAACAGUUGGAGAUGUGCAGAUAAGAGGGCCGUGAAGGAUAGGACUGCUGCAUGGAUUUAAUGUGUGAUGUAAUCCACAGGCACAAACAUGAUACAGUCUGUUACUGUGAUUAAAUGAUGUGAUUUUAAAAACCUGCAGUUGUUAGUGAUGACACCAUCUCGGCCUUUUUGUCAUUUCAGCUUCUCAGUGAUUGCAGGGUCAAGUUUUGCAGUUGACUGUUUGAUUGCAGUUGAUCUAAAUCUGCUUCAGGCCUGCAGGAAUGUAUAUUUUUUGCUUUCUGUCAGUAAUCUUUGGCUUGUAUUUUAUAUGUACACAUAUUUUUACACCUUCUAUAUUUAAAAACUUUAUCUUCUGUAACUGUUGAGUAAUAAAAAAGAUGGAA